CAUUCCCUCCCUUCACCACCCCGUGCCUUUCUUCCCACUUUCUUUUUGGAGCUCUCCUGUUACAGAAAUUCUGAUUUUUCCUAGAGAGCUAGAGGAAAGUCAGGUACCAAGAGUGGAGCUAUAUUCUUCUCUUAUUUGAUCUGGCGGGAUACAGGAGAAGAAAUCACACCUUGUAACUGCCUCUCCAGGGGAAGAGAUCAAAUGCACCCUUGAAAACUUCAGGGCCCGCGUUUGGCUCCAGUGAUUUACCUUCGAGAAAAUUUGGGAAUUCAGAAAGUUGGGAACUCAUAUGAACAUGGCGAACCUACUGAAAACUGUGGUGACUGGCUGUUCGUGUCCUUUACUUAGCAGUUUGGGGUCCUGUAAGGUUCUACCUGGGAAGAAGGAUUUUUUACGAACAUUUCAUACUCAUCAGGCGCUAUGGUGUAAAUCCUCUGUAAAACCAGGAAUUCCAUAUAAGCAACUGACUGUUGGAGUCCCCAAGGAGAUUUUCCAAAAUGAGAAGCGAGUGGCAUUGUCUCCUGCUGGCGUUCAGGCCUUGGUCAAGCAGGGCUUUAACGUUGUGGUGGAAUCGGGUGCUGGUGAAGCUUCCAAGUUUUCCGAUGAUCACUACAGAGCGGCAGGUGCCCAAAUCCAAGGGGCGAAGGAAGUGCUGGCUUCUGAUUUGGUGGUCAAAGUACGAGCCCCCAUGCUUAAUCCAACGUUAGAUAUUCAUGAAGCUGACCUUUUAAAGACAUCGGGAACACUGAUUAGUUUUAUUUAUCCAGCCCAAAAUCCAGACUUGCUAAAUAAACUUUCCAAAAGAAAAACUACAGUUUUGGCUAUGGAUCAGGUUCCAAGAGUCACCAUUGCGCAGGGAUAUGACGCGCUAAGCUCUAUGGCCAACAUUGCUGGUUAUAAGGCUGUUGUACUUGCAGCAAAUCAUUUUGGACGGUUUUUCACUGGUCAGAUCACAGCUGCUGGAAAAGUCCCUCCAGCUAAGAUUCUGAUUGUUGGUGGUGGUGUUGCUGGGCUGGCCUCCGCAGGUGCAGCCAAGUCAAUGGGUGCAAUUGUUCGAGGUUUUGACACGAGAGCUGCAGCUUUAGAGCAAUUCAAGUCUCUUGGUGCUGAGCCCUUAGAGGUGGACUUGAAGGAAUCCGGCGAGGGACAAGGCGGAUAUGCGAAAGAGAUGUCCAAAGAGUUCAUUGAAGCUGAAAUGAAGCUCUUUGCUCAGCAGUGCAAGGAGGUGGAUAUCCUUAUUAGCACGGCACUUAUUCCAGGUAAAAAAGCUCCAGUUUUAUUUAGUAAAGAAAUGAUUGAGUCGAUGAAGGAAGGCUCAGUUGUUGUGGAUUUAGCUGCGGAGGCUGGUGGAAACUUUCAAACCACUAAGCCAGGGGAGCUGUAUGUUCAUAAGGGAAUUACUCACAUAGGCUACACCGACCUUCCCAGCCGAAUGGCCACUCAGGCCAGCACCCUCUAUUCCAACAACAUCACUAAGCUCCUGAAGGCCAUCAGCCCUGACAAAGACAAUUUUCAUUUUGAAGUGAAAGAUGACUUUGACUUUGGUACAAUGGGUCAUGUCAUUAGAGGAACUGUAGUGAUGAAGGAUGGUGAUGUGAUUUUCCCUGCUCCCACACCAAAAAAUAUUCCUCAAGAUGCCCCAGCAAAACAGAAGACAGUGGCUGAGCUGGAAGCUGAAAAAGCAGCUACUAUUUCACCCUUCAGGAGGACGAUGACAACGGCUUCUGCAUAUACAGCAGGGUUGACCGCGGUGGGUGGGUUGGCGCUGAUGGGAGGACAUUUGUAUCCGUCCUCAACUCCUGAGGGCCUUGCUGCUCUUGCCACAUUCAUAUCCUCAGUCAACAUUGCAGGUGGCUUUCUGGUGACUCAGAGAAUGCUGGACAUGUUCAAGCGUCCCACUGAUCCCCCAGAAUACAACCAUCUGUAUCUGCUCCCUGCUGGUACCUUUGUUGGAGGAUAUUUAGCUGCCCUCUACAGUGGUUAUAACAUUGAACAAAUCAUGUACCUGGGCGCAGGUCUGUGCUGUGUUGGUGCCCUGGCCGGCCUUUCCACCCAGGGAACAGCUCGUCUUGGCAAUGCAUUGGGCAUGAUUGGAGUGUCUGGAGGCCUGGCAGCCACCCUUGGAGGCCUAAACCCGAGCCCAGAAUUGUUAGCUCAGAUGUCUGGAGCAAUGGCUUUGGGCGGUACCGUUGGAUUGACAAUUGCCAAACGCAUCCAGAUUUCCGAUUUACCUCAGUUAGUUGCUGCUUUCCACAGUUUAGUGGGCUUGGCUGCUGUGCUUACUUGCAUAGCUGAGUAUAUUGUAGAAUAUCCACAUUUUGCUGUGGAUCCAGCAGCAAAUCUCACCAAGAUCGUGGCCUACCUCGGUACUUACAUCGGUGGUGUCACGUUUAGUGGGUCUCUUGUUGCCUAUGGAAAAUUGCAGGGUAUCCUGAAUUCUGCGCCUCUCCUGCUCCCUGGAAGGCACUUACUCAAUGCAGGCCUGCUGGCUAGUAGCGUGGGUGGAAUAAUCCCAUUCAUGAUAGACCCCAGCUUCACCACAGGCAUUCUCUGUCUGGGCUCUGUGUCAGCGCUCUCUGCUGUCAUGGGUGUGACUUUGACGGCUGCUAUCGGUGGUGCUGACAUGCCUGUCGUCAUCACUGUGCUGAACAGCUACUCAGGCUGGGCCCUGUGUGCCGAGGGCUUCCUGCUCAACAACAACCUGCUGACUAUCGUGGGCGCGCUCAUCGGCUCCUCUGGUGCUAUCCUGUCCUACAUCAUGUGUGUGGCAAUGAAUCGCUCCCUGGCUAAUGUGAUUCUUGGAGGCUAUGGUACCACUUCAACAGCUGGUGGAAAACCCAUGGAAAUUUCUGGCACACAUACAGAAAUCAACCUUGAGAAUGCAAUUGACAUGAUUCGAGAAGCUAAUAGCAUUAUUAUUACUCCAGGCUAUGGUCUUUGCGCUGCCAAAGCUCAGUACCCUAUCGCUGAUUUGGUAAAGAUGCUCUCUGAACAGGGUAAAAAAGUCAGGUUUGGAAUUCACCCAGUUGCAGGCCGGAUGCCUGGUCAGCUUAAUGUGCUGCUGGCUGAGGCAGGGGUGCCAUAUGAUAUUGUGCUGGAAAUGGACGAGAUUAACGAGGAUUUCCCAGAGACUGAUUUGGUCCUUGUAAUUGGAGCUAAUGACACUGUUAAUUCAGCUGCUCAAGAAGACCCCAACUCUAUUAUUGCAGGCAUGCCAGUUCUCGAGGUCUGGAAAUCAAAGCAGGUCAUUGUUAUGAAGAGGUCCUUGGGUGUUGGCUAUGCUGCAGUGGACAAUCCAAUCUUCUACAAACCUAACACGGCCAUGCUUCUAGGUGAUGCGAAGAAGACAUGUGAUGCACUGCAGGCAAAAGUUAGAGAAUCCUACCAGAAAUAAAUUUUAAAGAUGAAGGUGUUAUCUAACAGAGCCACCUCUUCAGUUAUGGGAACAGGCAAAUAAAGUAUAAACAUGUACAGCUUAUAUACAUCCGUAACAAAGCUCUUGGAAGAAGAGGAAGACUCUGAAGAAAGCAAAGGAAAUACAGGGAGAUUUUUCAAGAGCAGUGAUCCUUCAAUUUUAAAAAAGGAUUGAGCAUUCUAAAUGUCUUUCUGUGCAUAUCUUUUGUGUAAUGAAUUAAAAGUAUUUUAUAAAAGGAGAAAGAACAGCCUCAUUUUAGAUAUAUUCCAUUUGGAUUUUUAAAAAUUCCUCCUCGUUAGCCAGUAAUGUUUUAAAAAAUUAAGUCUUUAGGAUUUUAAGACUGACACUAUACAUGGACCUGAAAAAUCGGACAUUACAGGCACCUGCAUUUAUGUUUUUUCAGCAAAUGUGACUAAUUUGAAACUUUUAUCAACCCCUGAGCUGUUCUCUUACCAUUUAACCAUGAUCAAAAUCAGUCAUAUCAAAUUGGUUUUAAUUUUUCAAGCUGUACUUUUCAAUUCUAGAUUUCAGGGGUGUAUUUUUCUCACUUCUAUUUUAAUACAUUAAAGGAUGAGAUAACCUUCCAGAGAUGCUGGAAACAGUUAAAUCUUUUGCUUUGUAUGUUUCAUUAGGACACCAGUGAAACAUAAUUUGAAAUAAGUAUUCGCUGUAUUUUUUAAAACCCUGUUUCUAAUUGGAGAUCUGUUUAAUUGCAGUCAAUUUAUAAUGUGUAGUACUGUACUAAGUGCACUUGAAUGGAAUUCAACUAUUUGCCUAAUAAAAUGAGUUCAUUAUGUUUGCACA